AUGGUGGCUGAAUGGGCAUGGCUGAAAGGCUCUGCAUCAUAUCAGUGCGGUCAAGUGGAGAUGCACGGGAAUACCACGGCAUCGGGAGAGCUGGGGAACCACUUGCUUUCCAAAACUCCACACCUGAGCAAGAUUUUGGCAAUGCCAACAGUUUGUAGCCCUGCAGUAUUUGCCAAACAUCCAGGACGUGGCCUCCUGUCAUGGGACAGACUGAUUCACCUUCCUGACAGAAAUCAGAAAUGGAAUGUAGUGGGCAUAGUGGAAAACCGUUUGGGUAGGAAAAGACGCUCUAAAAAUUAUGAUAUCCAGAGGAAUGGACAGCAGCUUUCGCAAUGUCGACAUGCUUCACCUUGGACUAGCACAAUUUUACAGCCAGGCCGUACAAAAGCAAACUUUCAAGUCAUGUCAAGUGCCCAGGAGUACCAAAAAGAAGAAAAAAAGUGUAAAGGGUAUAUACCCAGUUACUUAGACAAGGAUGAGCUAUGUGUAGUAUGUGGGGACAAAGCCACCGGAUAUCAUUAUCGCUGCAUCACUUGUGAAGGUUGCAAGGGUUUUUUUAGAAGAACCAUUCAGAAAAACCUCCAUCCAACCUAUUCCUGUAAAUAUGAAGGAAAAUGUGUGAUAGACAAAGUAACAAGAAAUCAGUGCCAGGAAUGUCGCUUCAAAAAAUGUAUCUUUGUUGGCAUGGCAACAGAUUUGGUGUUGGAUGACAGCAAGCGGUUGGCAAAGAGGAAGCUGAUAGAAGAAAAUAGAGAGAAGAGACGUCGGGAGGAGCUGCAGAAAACCAUUGGGCACAAACCAGAGCCAACGGAUGAGGAAUGGGAGCUCAUCAAAAUUGUUACUGAAGCACAUGUGGCCACCAAUGCACAAGGAAGCCACUGGAAGCAGAAAAGGAAAUUUCUGCCAGAAGAUAUUGGGCAGGCACCAAUAGUUAAUGCCCCAGAAGGUGGGAAAGUGGAUUUAGAAGCCUUCAGCCAGUUUACAAAAAUUAUCACACCAGCGAUUACAAGAGUGGUGGAUUUUGCCAAAAAGUUGCCUAUGUUUUGUGAGCUGCCAUGUGAAGACCAGAUCAUCCUUCUGAAAGGCUGCUGUAUGGAGAUAAUGUCCCUCCGAGCAGCAGUUCGCUAUGACCCCGAGAGUGAGACUUUAACACUAAACGGGGAGAUGGCGGUGACAAGGGGCCAGCUGAAAAAUGGGGGUCUUGGCGUAGUGUCUGAUGCCAUUUUUGACCUGGGCAUGUCUCUUUCUUCAUUUAACCUGGAUGACACCGAGGUUGCCCUUCUUCAGGCUGUUCUGCUCAUGUCAUCAGAUCGCCCAGGCCUUGUUUGCGUCGAGAGGAUAGAAAAGUGUCAAGAGGGUUUCCUCCUGGCAUUCGAACACUACAUUAAUUACAGAAAACAUCAUGUUGCACACUUUUGGCCAAAACUGCUGAUGAAAGUGACAGACCUGCGAAUGAUCGGAGCCUGCCAUGCCAGCCGCUUCCUGCACAUGAAGGUGGAGUGCCCCACAGAACUCUUCCCUCCGUUGUUCCUGGAAGUGUUUGAGGAUUAGAGAGACUGGAGCGGUUCUCCGCACCCCCGUCGCACUACUGGCUGUCAUUUCAUCCCGUUGCCCGGCUCUUCUCACCUCUGUUUGUUCUUCUUCUUCUUUCGUGCUCUUCUGUUUCUUGAGGCGGGGUUGGGUUUUUGUUUGGGUUUUCUUUUGGGGUUGCUGGGGGGCAGUUGUAUACACAUGGAUGAAAACAUCCCUUUAAUGCGGGUACUUGUGACUAUUGCAAUUUGUUCUUCAGUCCUUUGAUGUGAAUGCUUUGACAGCUUAACAGUGAAAAUACAAACAGACCAAUCUCAUUCACCAGCACUUGCGUGGUCACCAGCUCACACACAUCAUUGCUUGGAAAAUAUGGGAGAGAAAUUGAAGUGGCAGAAAAUAAAUUGGCCUCCAAGUUAAAACAGCUAUUGUUAAUUUGACCCUGGCAAUUCUGUCUAGUAUUACCUCAUCUUGCAGGGCACAAGUGACCAAUGCAUGAGAUGAAAUUUCUCGUCUUCAUCUUUGUUUCUAUUGUAACAGUCACCAUUAUGAUCUAGGAUCUUCAUCAUCGUCAUGAUUCCAUCAUUAUCUGAGGAUUGUUCCAGUAGAUACAGUUUAACUGUGCCCCAUAAAUCAAGUACUUAAAAUAAUGCAGAGUGUUAGAAGGGACUGACUCAUUUUUUUCCAUGUGUAUAAGAAAGUAAGAUCCUUCAGUUCUUACUACAUUUGAACUCCAGGUAACUUCACUGGAAGGUCUGUUGGAGUAAGGAGGGGAAUUUGAUCCUCUAAGGUGCUUUUCCUGAGAGUGGAGAGGUCUGCUUUUUCUGAGGUGUGUGGAAAAUUUGUCACUCUGAAGGAGAAGGCUCUCUGUCAGGAUAUCAGGCUUCCCUCAGAGUUAUUCAGGGAUAUGACUGCUUACAGAAUGAGGACAAGGAGAACGAAACAUACGGGGUGACCUUCAGAUGGGACAGAAACCAGCUGUGUUAUUGACGACACUCAAGACUGUACAGCUUUAUCCCAGUAAUACAAAUAGUGUUG